GCGAAAUAUAAACAUAAGAGCAAAAUUGUCCGUGUCUCAAUGAAUUGAAUCGAAAAUAGACGCUAUAAUUACUUCAUUUAAUUUGUAAGACACGAGGAACAACUUAUUUUGUUUGUUUUAUAAUUGUUUUUAGAUCCAACUGCACUAUGAUUUCUGAAGUAGACCUCGUAAAUAAGGACAGUACAGUACGAGUUGCUGUCAGAAUCCGACCUCUAAACUCAAGGGAGCAAAUAGAUAUGUGUCGUGUUUGCACGACAGUAACCUUUGGAGAGCCCCAGAUUUUUCUUGGGUCGGACAAAGCCUUUACUUUCGAUUAUGUCUUCGAUACUAAUUCCAAUCAGUGUGAUAUAUACUCGCAAUGCGUGGAUCGAUUAGUGGAUAGUACGCUGCAUGGCUAUAAUGCCACCGUACUGGCCUAUGGACAAACAGGAUCCGGCAAGACGUAUACAAUGGGCACUGGCUUCGAUCAUGAAUCCGAAACAUCCGAGUCCGUCCUGCUCGGGAUUAUUCCCCGAGCUGUUCGCCACAUAUUCAGUGGCAUCGAGCAACUGCAGGCCUGUAGCUCUUCAGAACAGACAGCCACUGCUGGAAGUCCGCAGUUCAGUUUGGCUGUUCAAUAUAUCGAAUUGUACAACGAGGACAUUUUCGAUCUAUUGGACCCAUUUAACAAAAACAGCAACUUUAAGAUACACGAAGACGCCAACGGACAAAUAACCAUUUCUGGCGCGUCCAUAAAACCAAUAUUCCAACCACAAGAUGCCUUAAAGUACCUUCAGCAAGGAGCUUUAGCACGCACCACUGCUUCAACAAAAAUGAACGAUCAGUCGUCUCGAUCGCACGCUUUGUUCACCAUUUUUGUGCGCAGACAGCGAUUACUUGCACCGAAUGACAACGCUUCCGGUAACGAUUUGGAAACCCUAACUUCCAAGUUCCACUUUGUUGAUUUAGCGGGUUCGGAACGACUCAAAAGGACUCAGGCCACUGGAGAGCGUGCCCGCGAGGGCAUAUCCAUUAAUUGUGGUCUACUCGCCCUCGGCAACUGUAUUUCGGCACUGGGUGAUACCUCCAAGAGGGCUCUACACGUACCCUAUCGAGACUCCAAGCUGACCCGCCUUCUUCAGGACUCCUUGGGUGGAAAUAGUCAGACCUUAAUGAUCGCGUGCGUGUCGCCAAGCGAUCGAGACUUUAUGGAAACUUUGAAUACAUUGAAGUACGCCAACCGAGCGCGGAAUAUUAAAAACAAAGUUAAGAUCAACCAAGAUCAGAGUUCUCGAACGAUUUCCCAGCUGCGUAGAGAAAUUGCAGCGUUGCAGAUGGAGUUAUUAGAAUACAAACAGGGUAAGCUUGUGGUAGAUUGCGAAGGAAACACAACUAUUUCGGAUACAUUUAAUGAGAACAUGUUGCUUCUAUCGGAAACCAAACGGCUGCAGCAACGUCUCAAGUCAUUGCAAAACACUGUUGGCUCUUUAACCGAAAGAAAUGCUGGACUCAAGUUAGAAUUGGAUUCAAGCACGUGGAGUAGUAGCGACGGUUGUGAUGUUGAAAUAACGAAAAUUGUCGGCAACUAUAUGUUGGAAAUCGAACAACUUCAGGCUAAAUUAAUAGAGUCUGAAGAACUGCGCAAGCAAAUGGAAAAUUCAGCUGCAAAUUCACCCAGAAGCAACAAGCCUGUUUACGAUGGUGACAUUAUAAGCAAGGCCAAAAAGGGCUUGGAAAAAGAAAGGGAGCUAUUAAUGUCGCGUUCUUUGCCGGGAAUCCAAAAUCAAAACGUUCGUUCGGAAGAAGCGGAUGCUGGCAGUAGCGAUUCGGAAGAAGAAGGAGUUAUGAAGGACUUGGAGGUAAUCGACAACAAUAUUGUAAUGAAAACCAAACUAAUUGAACAAUUGGAGUUGACACAUGAGAGAAUGGAACUGAUGCGAAUGCACUACGAAGAAAAGCUAUCUGUGUUAAAUUGCAAAAUCGUCAACACUCAAAAAGAACGAGACGAUGUCUUGACAAACAUGGAAAGCAAUUGGUAUGUUGUAGGUUCGUCUGCAACGGUUGCGUCCAAGGAUAGUUUGAAAAAAGUGAAAUCAGAUUAUGAAGGAAAGCUAAGUAAUAUGCAACAAGAGCUAAAGAAGUUGCAAAACGCGCAAAGAGAGCAUCUUCGACAACAGCAAAAACUCAAGUCCCAUGAAGUUAAGAUAGGUAUGCUACGUAACGAGUUGCAUGAGCUUAAAUUUACAAAGGUUAAACUAAUGAAAAAAAUGUCGGAACAAACAAGUCGUCACAAAGAAGAAGACAGUCGAAAGUCUAAGGAAAUUGCUCAAUUACUAAAGGAUCAGCGCCGCCAAAUAAAUGCUGUGUUAUCAUUGGAGGCCAAAAUGAGUGCCAAAGAGCAAAUACUGAAGCGAAAAACCGAAGAAGUUAUUGCCCUUCGCAAGAGUCAAAGGGGAAAAUCCGGCCAAAGAGCGGCUCCACAAUUAACUUCAAAAAUUACCACUUUGGACGGUUUCACUUCACGGGCGGCACGGCAUCGGUGGGAAAACCUAUACCGGACCAUUUUGCAUGCUGCCAGAAACAGGCAGCUUAUCACGCAAUUGGAAAAAGAGCUGGAACGCUUAAUAUCGGAGCGUGAAGAUCUCUCGCGCGAUCUGAACAUAAUGGAAACUAGCUUAGGCGCCGAGAAGCGAACAGAUGAUUUCAACGAAGUAGACAAUAUAAAAACAAACAUUAGAUAUAUUCAGGAGAAUAUAGAACAUGUGCAGCAGGCUAUUAUGGAAUUCGAAGACUCAAAAGACACUGUGCAGAGCGAUGUAAAUAAGAUUCAGGCUCUAUUGGACGAGGUUUCGACAGUGGCAGAAGCUAAAUUCCUUCUUCAAAAGUUUUCCGACACUUCCAUUGUAAUGUCAUGCAAUUUGGCCAUUGCCGAAUCUCACUUGCAGGAGCAUGAAUCGCUGCUGAAGGAAGUGAAGCAAGAAAGUGCCAUUCAACAGCAAAUAUUACAACAUUUCCUAUCGCAAAACAGUAAUGUGCAUAUAUCUGACAUAUUCGAUUCCUUAAAUCUCAAGGGCAGUAACCUCACAAAUAGUGUUAAUCCUGGUUCUCAAAAGUCCCUACUAAGCAAUGCCACAUAUGACAUACCGCAGGACGAUAAGUUUUCAGAUUCUACGCAUGUGGUUAUGCGCAGGACAACCAGUAGAAGUCCUUCACCCUUUGGAAAUGGAGACCCGUUCGACAAGAGCCCCAAAGUGCGUAGACGUACUGCCAAGCGAACAGAUCUUCUUUUUGGCGACAUAGAGCUGCCAGAACAGACUAUUAAUAAAAUGACGUGAUCAUGCAUUCGAAGAUGAGAUCAUAAAGCGCAAGCCGCACAUGGAAUUGGAAUAUUGAAUUAAAACCUCUAGCGAACAAAUAAUCAAAAGACAGGUUUCUUAUGUUGGAAGGUAACCUCACCUUAGUUAUAUUGUAUAUUUAUUUAUUAUUAACUAUUCACUAGGACUGCCGUUUGUACAGGCUUUCAACUUAAAAAUAACUUUUAACAAAAAAUGUUUUGAAUGCGUUUUCGUGUUGGUGAGAAUUUCGGAAAAUCAAAUAAAGACCUAGUGCAAUUGGUGUCUUCCCAGCCAUUCAAAACCAACAAACAAUAGGAAAUACAAUAAUAUAUUAAUAAA